CAUCAAUGGCCGCGGUUGCUGGUCUAUAUGGACUAGGAGAUGAAGCUCGCUUUCCAAGGUCGCUGCCCAAGCUCAGCAGCCAGGAAGAGGACGGGCACACCCCCCACACUCAAUUUACUGGUGUAGCCCAUUUCGAACCCAUCCCGCAUGAUCACGAUUUUUGUGAGAGGGUUGUGAUAAAUGUCAGCGGCCUCCGGUUCGAGACGCAACUUAGGACGCUUAACCAGUUUCCCGAUACUCUACUGGGCGAUCCUGCACGUCGGAUCCGUUAUUUCGACCCUCUUCGUAAUGAGUACUUCUUCGACAGAAAUCGCCCCUCCUUCGACGCCAUCCUUUACUAUUAUCAGAGUGGCGGCCGGUUACGAAGGCCCGUCAACGUGCCACUCGACGUCUUUUCCGAAGAAAUCAAAUUCUACGAGCUGGGCGAGCUGGCUAUCAACAAAUUUAGGGAAGAUGAAGGGUUCAUCAAGGAAGAGGAGAAGCCUUUACCAUCGCACGAAUUCCAGCGUAACGUGUGGCUGCUGUUUGAAUAUCCGGAAUCGUCACAAGCAGCGCGAGUGGUUGCCAUCAUAUCAGUUUUCGUUAUUUUACUGUCCAUCGUCAUAUUCUGCUUGGAGACGCUUCCCGAAUUCAAGCACUACAAAGUGUUCAAUACCACCACCAACGGUACCAAGAUAGAAGAGGAUGAAGUGCCCGACAUCACGGACCCGUUCUUCCUCAUCGAAACCAUUUGCAUCAUUUGGUUUACGUUUGAAUUAUCCGUGCGCUUCCUGGCGUGUCCGAACAAGUUACAUUUUUUUCGCGACGUUAUGAACUUUAUCGAUAUUAUCGCCAUCAUUCCGUAUUUUAUUACUUUGGCCACCGUAGUGGCGGAAGAAGAAGAUACUUUGAAUUUGCCGCGUGCGCCUGUCAGUCCGCAAGACAAGAGCACCAAUCAGGCCAUGUCGUUGGCCAUUCUUCGCGUCAUUCGGCUUGUGCGAGUCUUCCGAAUCUUCAAACUCAGUCGGCACAGCAAAGGACUUCAAAUUCUAGGACGAACGCUGAAGGCCAGCAUGCGCGAAUUAGGCUUGCUCAUAUUCUUUUUGUUUAUAGGUGUCGUGCUGUUCUCUAGUGCUGUCUACUUCGCAGAAGCCGGUUCAGAAAAUUCCUUCUUCAAGUCUAUCCCAGACGCGUUCUGGUGGGCAGUGGUCACCAUGACGACCGUGGGCUACGGCGACAUGACGCCAGUCGGUGUCUGGGGAAAGAUCGUGGGAUCGCUUUGUGCGAUUGCUGGUGUGCUGACCAUAGCGUUGCCAGUGCCUGUCAUAGUGUCAAAUUUCAAUUACUUCUACCAUCGUGAAACGGAUCAGGAGGAAAUGCAGUCACAGAACUUCAACCAUGUGACCAGCUGCCCGUAUCUGCCAGGCACGUUAGGCCAGCACAUGAAAAAGAGUUCGCUGAGCGAGUCUUCGAGCGACUUGGUCGAAUUAGAAGAAGGACUGAUGGUGACACGCGAUCAACUGUCCCAAAAACAGAACUGCAACCCGCGCCACAACAACAACAUCAACGCCAUGAGCAUCGAGACUGAUGUUUGACUACGAGUGACGGAUGCGCUGCGCCUUCAAUCGCUAAGCAUUGUUCCCUGCUGCCCUAAUUGCUGCUCCCUAAGCAUUAAUCGGCACUGCCCUUCGCCUUCCCACCCGCCGUUAUCUUCUGCAUCAGAAGCCGAAACGACAAGAACAUCAACAUCGAGAACAAGAACAUCAUCGUCCAGGAGGAGGAGAAAGAGAAAACGAAGAAGAAGAAGAAGAUCGACAAGAAGAAAGAACGUGCCCUAUUUAAGAAGCAUCGCCUAUCGCGAGUGCAUGUGCGCAGUGAUCCGUACACUUUUUGAACUGUUACAUCAAAUUCCUAGAACCUUUACUCGGUACUUUUGUACAACCAUUACGAUUGUUUUUGGGAACGUUCCUUUUGAGACUCGAUAAUUGUAGUUUAGAAAAAAAAGUUCCCGGCCCCUCUCACUUCUUGUAGCCAA